CUUCCGGUUCCGCUGCCCUCAGUGAAGAUGGCGGCGGUGGAGAAGCGGCGGCCAGCCAUAGCCCCGGCGGCCAAUUUCACAGACAGCAGCCGGUCGUCGGUGUCCCGGACUGCAGCAACGACCGAGAGCGAGGAGGACUUCCUGCAGCAGGUCGGCGUGACAAAGAUGCUGCGCGCAGCCCUGUUGAAGGUGCUGGAGGCACGGCCCGAGGAACCGAUCUCCUUCCUGGCUCACUACUCCGAGAACAUGGGCCUGAGUACUCCUGAAAACGGCGGCGCUGGGGAGCCCCCGGGCCAGCUCCUGCUGCAGCAGCAACGCCUGGGUCGCGCGCUAUGGCACCUUCGCCUGGCUCACCACUCCCAGAGGACAGCCUUCAACAACAAUGUCGGUGUGGCCUACGAGUGCCUGAGCGCCAGUGGGCGCAAGAAGAAGCCGGGGCUGGAUGGGCGUACCUAUAGUGACCUGCUCAAGCGCAUCUGCCGAGAUGGAGAGGCCCCCGAGGAGGUCGUGACACCCCUGCUGCGCAAGAUCCAGUGCCGGGACCACGAGGCUGUACCACUGGAUGUCUUUCGCACUGGCAUGCUCACCUGCUUUGUGCUGCUGGAGUUCGUGGCGCGGGCCGGCGCCCUCUACCAGCUGCUGGAGGACCCAACCCUGGCCGUUGCUGACCGCCGCAUGGGCCAGGCAGUGCUGGACACUCUGGAAGGGGCCCUGCAGGCCAGCAACAGUGCUGCUGCUCCUGUCCACUACCUGGAGGCUGGCUCUCGCCUGGGGCCUGAUAGCCUGGCACUAACUAUGGACCGAGCCUUGGUGACUCGGCAGCCCAGCUCCCCUAUGACCCGAGAGGAGUUCCUGGAAAAGGCUGCUGCCCUUUUCAUUGCUAAGGUCAAGCCAGUGAGCUGAGCCCCUCUCACACCUCACUAGCCUUCUCCUCCCAGACAACUGGGAUGCUUUGAGGCGUGGCUCUCCUGCUUCUAGGCAGAACACGGGUCUGGGACUGGGACUGGGGUUUCUGCAUGCAGGGGGAGGUGUGGGGAGCCCUCACCCAGCCUCUGAUUUGAAAUGAUACUCCAGCUGCCCCAUCAGGGGAAGGCUGAGGGUCCCCGGAAAUUGAUACCCCUCCCCAAACACCUGUAAAGGCCCCUCUCCUCAGCAGUAAUAAAGUCUGUGCCUGAGGCAGACCUGAUGUGUAUGUGUGCUCCCCACACCCCAGCCCUAUGCCACAGAAAUGAUUCUU